AUGCCUCGUGGCCAGGAAACCAAAACAUAUAACAGAAGCAGUAUUGUAACAAAUUCAAUAAAGGCUUUAAAAAUAGUCCACAUCAAAAAAAUAAUAAUAAUCAUACACGCAAGCAGUCUUUAUUCCUUGAGGAUAGUUUGUGUGCAUGCUGAGUCCCUUCAGCCGUGUCUGACUCAGUGUGACCUCGUGGACUGUAGCCCACCAGGCCUCCUCUGUCCAUGGGGUUCUCCAGGCAAGAAUAUACUGCAGUGGGUUGCCAGGCCCUCCUCCAGGGGAUCUUCCCGACCCAGGGAUCGAACCUGCAUCUCCCGUGACUCCUGCAUUGGCAGGCAGUUUUUCUUUGCUUGCCGAGACACCAGGGAAGCCUAA